AUGGCCGCGCCUCAGGUGUGCCUUACCUGCAAGGGUAGGAAGAAGAAAUGCGACAAGCGACUACCGCGAUGCGGUUACUGUGAGCAGAAUAACAAAGCGUGCUUCUACGAUUACGGUGGAACACCAGACUCGUCAUCACCGACGCUGGCCACUGAAAGCACCGUGGCAUACACACUGCCCCAGACCAAGCCGACAGUCUCUAUUGGAUCAAUCCACGACUCCAAGUUUCUUGACGCGACAAUACCACAAGAAGUGCUACAAAUCAUUGAGGCGACUCAGCAGUCAAUCGAGGACAUCACCGCACGAUAUUUCAAUGGUCUUUAUCUAUGGGUUCCCUUCCUGUGCCCGGAUCGCUUCAGCAAAGAUCUCUUCCAGUUCCGUGCCGCGCCCACGGCCGAGUUCUCCCUGCUUCUUCUUUGCAUGUGUUUAGUCACCUACGAUCCGGCGCAAGCUAUUCAACCCGAGGUUGAACAAGCUGCACUCUACUUCCACGCCAAGACGCUCUUUAACCAGAUUCAAAUACUGCGCUAUCCUGCGGUCCACCCAAUUCAAGCUGGCUUGCUGAUAUCCGUCUAUGAAUAUGCUCAUGGACGGCCCGACAUCGCCCUUGCGACCGUCGAUCAUUGUGCACGUAUGGCAUAUCGAAUCGGUAUGAACAAGAAGCCUACGCGUCUAGGUUGGAACGAAGGCUGGAACACGUGGUGGGCCAUUGUCAUCUUUGAAAGAAUCUUCUACUGUGAAUCCACCUUUACAGAGAUUCCUAUGGUCACUACCGCUCCAGACGACACGGACCUACUCCCUCAUGAAGUCGGCGACUUCGAUCUGGAACUAGGCCUGAACCCAGGCUGUCGAGUUGCUCCAGUCAGUCAAGUAGGAAUAGGUUGCCUAGGCCGCACAGCACAGGCAGCAUACUUGCUUGAUCGGGUAAUCCAGACAAUACGAGCUAUUGCCAUCACUACGGCCGACCAGAUAGCCAACCUAAUAUACCUGGACGGUGAACUUCAACGGCUACUGUCGGUGGCAAUGAACAAAUGCCACGGCGAGCGUGGAGGACAUUGUGGCGCUGUGGGCGCGUCGAUCAGAGCUCUGUCCAUGCUCCACCAACACAUUCUUCAUCUCGAAGCGACUGCGACGAAUUCGAAGUGGCGAGACCAUUCGCAAGCCGCACUUGACACAGUAGCCCAAAUGGUCGUGGACAUCUCUCGAAGUCAUUACGGAAUUUCCUACGCGCAGGUUGACAUCAUCUCUCCGGUCUGCAACUACAUACUUCGGCAUACCUUGGAGCAUAUUUACGAGAAACGUUACGCGGACAGCAAAGCUUGGUUCGAGGACUCUGAUGCCCUAAGAGAAUCUCUGGCAAAAUUAGAUCGUCGUUGGUCGUUCGAUAAGGGUACCUUCUCAAGCACCGAAAGGAAGACUUCCGUGACAUCAAUCGACCGCCGCACCAAGUCCGAUGCGCACCACGAAGUCCGCCCACGCAUUGUCCAGCUAUCGGAUAAAUGUAACUGCACGGUUAAGAACAUGGGAAAGCGGAGAUCUUGGGACGAACUUGACGAGACAACUCGGCUCGACUACAUUCGUGCUGUAAAUUGCUUGGCUGCAAAGCCGGCCCUGACCGACAAGAACCUCGCGCCUGGUGCCGUGAAUCGGCUCGACGAUUUCACCUACAUCCAUAUCAAUCAGACUAAUAUCAUCCAUGGCUCGGGAUACCUCCUCCCUUGGCACCGCAUGUUCCUUUGGCAGUUCGAACAAGCAAUGCGCAAUGAGUGUGGCUACAAGGGCUACCUCCCCUACUGGGACAAUGCCCGCUUCAGCGAAGACCCCCUUAAUUCAGCCGUGUGGUCUGGGUCCGAAUAUGGCUUCGGCGGCAACGGUAUCGAUCUCCACCUUAAACCCCAAACUUUUGUGUUUCCUGGCCUUACGAAACCAUUUAAACUUCCUAUGCCCGGUGGGACUGGCGGUGGUUGCGUUACAGAUGGCCCCUUUACCAACUUCACCAUCAGCCUUGGUCCAGUCGUAAAGCCCUUCAUCGAUAAAAACAACACUUACGGCUAUGAGCCCAACCCGCGCUGCCUAUCUCGCAACUUCGACCCAACCUCUAGCAAGGGUGUGCUCACAUGGGCCAACGCUACGACGAUAGUGUCCAGUCACAAUAUUGCACAACUGAGAGGCACCGUCGAAGGACUGUGGCACAAAAAUUCCCACACAUACAUCGGUGGCGAGGGCGCGGAUCCCUUCAGCACAACUAACGAUCCGGCCUUCUAUCUCUUACACACGCAGAUCGACCGGCUAUGGGGAAUCUGGCAGGGCCAGGACUUGAAGAACCGCGAGUAUGCGAUUGAUGGUAACAGGACGUUCUUGGGUAUUCCACUUGACUACGCACCGGAUGUGCCACCAAGUCUGGCUACGAUUGACGAUGCGAUGGAUAUGGGACUAGGCUUUAAGCCUAAGACGAAGGAGGGUAUGCCGAUGACCAAGGGAGGCUUCUGCUACAUUUACGAGUAG